GUGAGACUUCUAAUAUUAAUAGAUCAGCAGCUCAUCAUCAUCUUCUAAAGGAUUACUAGCAAUGACUUUCCAUUUUCACAUAUUAAGUUAUUAACAGGGAUUCAAGCAGCCAUGGAGUCAACCAUACCAAUCAUCGACUUAAGCGCCAUGUGUUUGGGGAAAACAGCUGAAUCGUCCACCGCAUUAGAAAUCAGACAGCUCGCAGAUGAAAUAUACAGGGCUUUCUGUACGGUUGGAUUCGUUUAUAUUAAAAACCACGGUAUUCCACGGGAAAAGAUUGACAAAGUUUUCAAGUUAUGUGAUGAGUUUUUCCAACUGGAUCCUACUGUGAAGCAGAAAUAUGCGAGACCGGCCAGUGGUAGUGGUCAUGGAUGGGUGGCAUUUGAGAGAGAAAAAGUUAGUCCAGACAGACCUGCUGAUCACAAGGAAGCCUUUAACAUAACAGAGCCUCAAACUCAUCAGCGUGCAUGGCCAGAUGAUGAAGUACCAAAUUUCCAAAAUGAGAUUGCCUCCUUCUUUGAUAUCUGUGUUGACCUGUCUUUGAAAAUCCUUCACAUCAUGGCACUUGGGCUGCAACUUGAGGAUCCAGAUGUUUUUACAAACACUCACAAGAUAAUGGCCAGUUCUAAGAACUGCACCACCUUACGACUGUUACACUACCCAUGCCUUCCUGAAGACAAGAUAAUUAAACCAGGACAAAUCCGUUGUGGAGAACACACUGAUUAUGGAUCAAUCACUCUCCUCUUUCAAGAUAACAUGCCGGGACUUGAGGUCUUACCUCUUGGAUGUUCAGAGUAUGUACCUGCCCCUCCCCUCCCAGGAGCAAUAGUGGUCAAUGUAGCAGACCUCAUGCAGAGGUGGACUGGUGACCGGCUGAAGUCAACGCGCCAUCGAGUUUCCAUUCCAUCAGAAGAGUGUCACCGGCGCGUUCCGAGACGUUCUUUAGCCUUUUUUGUCCACCCCGAUGACGACACGGUGAUUGAAUGUCUUGAUGGAUCUCAGAAGUAUCCUCCAAUAACGGCCUAUGAUUACCUAUGGCAACGGCUCAAAGCGACUUACGAAUACUGAAACAGUUCACAAGAUUUUGGAUACUAGGAGGUGAUUGAAACCAGUAACUGAUUGUGUUCGUCAUGUCAGGUUCGAUUUGUAGAAGACUGAAGCAUACCGGCAAUAGAGAAAGGAGUGGCGUAAUAAAUGUUGACAUCAAGUUUAUAGUCAUUUGGAGAAAGCAGUUUAGCUCUUUAUCAGAAUUAAGCAUUUCAUACAGUAUCGCUCUUCUCACCGUGAAUCUGUGACGAUACUGAAAUCGCUGGUUUUUGUGGCUGGCCUAAUGGUUUGCUGGCUGAAUUCAAGAUCGAAAGUUUCGGGCUCGAGUCAGGAUCAUCUUGCUUCUCUUCCUCAGGGGUAUACGGGUUUCUUUUUCCGAAGACGCGUUGCACCAGAUACGAUUGUAAGAAGAAGAUGAAUAUGUGUCAAAGGCACGAACAGUUAGCGAUGAUUUAAAUAGGAUUUUCUGGGCUUACGAUCGGUUCAUAACAUAAAAAUCAGGUAGAGUACCUAGUGCUAGCAGACACAGGUUAAGCCUUGGUCAAUGAGGUUCAGUAUUUCAUGAAACAGCGCAACAUCUCGACACUUGUCCCUCAUUUUUCCUGGCGAAACCGAAUGAUGAACUCGGGUACUUUCGAAGCAUAAUUUACCUUCAGUGUAGUAGGUGAUGUGUGUGCUGCACAUAUUGUCAGACUGAAGUGCUUUUUAAUGCUUGUCAAAUUCUUUCUAUUGUAUUCCGUCCUCCAACUACUAGAAGUGUCCUCUGAUGAGUGUCUAAGAACCAAAAGGAAACGCUCAAUCAGUACCGUGACAAAUUAAAUUGUUACACUGA